CCCCCUUACACACACUCACCGACGCUCGCGUCCACUUUUGCGAGCGCCGAGGAAGCGACGACACUUGGCCACAUUCCGGCGGAAAGCACCGCGGCGCACGGCGGCAGCACAGCCCCAGCACAGCCCCCUUGGGUCAGCCCGCCCGACUCACCUCACACGGGCGCGGAGGCGACGCUUCUCCGGCUCCUCUCGUAUUCUUUCCUUUCCGGCCCCAAACGUCGCUACGAAAUUGUAAUGCCAUUUUGUUAGCUUUCUUCGUUCGAGAAGAACCCCCGGGAGAAGAUUUAUGUGCGCUUUGUAAGGUCGCCAGCCUCGUCCCGUUCCCCGCCUGCUUCGGUGCACCAUGGUGAUCAUGUCGGACCACAACCGGGGGCCCCAGCCCGGCCCGGGGCCCCAGGGGAGGCCCCUGCAGGUGGGCUUCUACGAGAUCAUCCGCACGCUGGGCAAAGGCAACUUUGCCGUGGUGAAACUGGCAAAGCAUAAAGUCACAAAAACACAGGUGGCCAUAAAGAUUAUUGACAAGACCCGACUGAACCCGUCCAACCUGGAAAAAAUCUACAGGGAAGUGCAGAUUAUGAAGCUGCUCAACCAUCCUCACAUCAUCAAACUCUAUCAGGUCAUGGAGACCAAAGACAUGUUGUACAUCGUAACAGAAUAUGCAAAGAACGGGGAGAUGUUCGAUCACCUGACCUCAAACGGCCGCAUGAGCGAAGCCGAGGCCCGGAAGAAAUUCUGGCAGAUCCUCACGGCAGUUGACUACUGCCACCGGCACCACAUCGUCCACCGUGACCUCAAAACCGAGAACCUGCUGCUGGACGCCAACAUGAACAUCAAACUGGCCGACUUUGGAUUCGGGAACUUCUACAACGGCGGGGAGCCGCUGUCGACGUGGUGUGGCAGCCCCCCGUAUGCGGCCCCCGAAGUCUUUGAGGGCAAAGAAUAUGAAGGCCCUCAACUGGACAUUUGGAGCCUCGGUGUGGUGCUUUACGUGCUCGUAUGUGGCUCCCUUCCCUUCGACGGUCCCAGCCUUCCUGCGCUCAAGCAAAGAGUCACCGAGGGACGCUUCAGAAUCCCCUUCUUCAUGUCCCAAGACUGUGAAAACCUCAUCCGCAAAAUGUUGGUGGUGGACCCCGCAAAGAGGAUCAGCGUGGCCCAGAUCAAGCAGCACCGGUGGAUGCUGGCGGACCCCCUGGCCGCCCACCAAACCCUCAGCCACUCCCUGACCGAUUACAACUCCAACCUCGGGGACUACAGCGAACCUGUGCUGGGGAUCAUGAACACCCUGGGGAUUGACCGCCAGAGGACAAUUGAGUCUUUACAGAGCAGCAGCUACAAUCACUUUUCCGCCAUCUACUACCUGCUCCUGGAGAGGGUCAAAGAGCACCGCAACCAGCAGCUGAGCCGUCAGUGCGGAAGCUGGAACCAAAGGCAGAGGAGCGUUUCGGACACCACCGGAGCAGAGCAAGUCAUCAUGAAGGCGGACGGUUUCAGAACGGCGGCGUUCUCCAUUCCGACCAAAAACGUUCCCGCGGUCUACUCGGAGAUGGAGUGUGAUCAAGGUGGACUGUUCCAGCGCGUGGUCUUCCCCGUGGAGGCCAGCUUCAGCAGGCUGCUGUGGAAUCGCUCCAUUUCGCCCAACAGCCUGCUGGAGACGAGCAUCAGCGAGGAGGUGCGGCCCCGCGACCUGGAGGAAGAGGAGGCGGCGCAAAGCUUGGGUCCGCUGCUGCCGCCCGCCACCACCUCGCGCCGGCACACUCUGGCCGAAGUUUCCGCCCGGUUUCACCAGUGCAACCCUCCGUGUAUCGUCGUGAGUCCCUCGGACGGGGCCUCUUCCGACAGCUGCCUCAAGUCGUCCGCCAGCCCCGCCGCCGCUCCGCAGGCCCCCACGGGCGGCGACGACGUGUCGACGCCUCCGGCCUGCGGGGCCAAAGCGGGGGCCCUGCUGCCGGCUGGCGCCCCCCUGGCGUUCUCCUCUCACCUCCUGCCCCAGAUCCAGGGGAGCCUUCCUCUAGCCAGCUUCCAAGAGGGGCGCAGGGCCUCGGACACCUCCCUGACACAAGGCCUCAAAGCGUUCCGGCAGCAGCUGAGGAAAAACACUCGCACCAAAGGGCUCCUGGGAUUGAACAAGAUCAAAGGUCUGACGAGGCCAGGCGCGUCGCCCCCGGCCUCCAACCGGGGCAGCCGCGGAUCCCUGGGCCCCGCCCUCUCUGAGCACCGCAGCAUGCUGGAGGAGGUCCUGCACCAGCAACGGAUGCUCCAAAUCCAGCACCAGCCGCACCAACCUCAGGUCCAGAAUGCUCCGACGGGCCCCACCCACAAUCCUUUGCUGUUCCUGCCCCGGCGGCAGUCGUCCUCCCCUCCCCCCGCCUCAGUAUUUGCCGCCUCCCCUUUAUUCGAGGCGCCCUCCUCCCUCCUCCAGAACGCGCCUCAGCACGCCCUGGCGCCUCCCCAGCCGCUGGGCCUCCCCCGCGGCCGCUGGCAGCACGGCCGCGAGACCGCCCCCGCCUCUUUGUCUCCCGUGGCGUCCGCCGCUUACCUCCUGGAGGCCCGUCUGCACAUCAGCCCGCACGCCCAGCACCACCACCACCACCACCGGAACGCCCGCCACCACCACCACACGGGCGUGCAGCGACCGCUGGGCGCCGCGGAUUUCGCCGGCGAGCCCGCCGCCUGGGCCGUGGCCUCGGCAUCAGUCGCCGCGCCCGACGCGCAGGAGCUGGUUCUGACGGGUCAGACGCCGCUGAGCAACUGCGUGAUGGUCAAGUAGAAAGACUUGAAUGAAGCAAAGUACUCAGUGCGUACACGCUUUAGUUGUCGUAUAAGCUAAAAUAGCAAUAACCAAACAAGGUGGCACGAGAAGCAAUAGGAGACGAAAACGGGAAGACGCGCGACCUGAGCGAGGACCAAAACAUUUCACUUCUUCACAAUACGCGUCCCAAUUUGUUCGCCUUUUUUUUCCCCUCCCCAAAGACAUUUAAUAUGCUGGAUGAAACUGUGAUUUUAUUUUGUUUUUCUUGAAUAUAAUAAGCUGUUUAGCUGCAGACCACGCCCACCGCACCCCCUCAGAACACUUCCAACGUCACCCAACAAUGAAGGAAAAUAGUUCAUUUUUCCUAAGACCAAGCACAACACAUUUGGUACCUCGCAUCCGGUCCGUCCCCUCCAUCCUCAACAAUGCACCGUGCGGACCUAAAAAUCGACAUCCCGUACUGUGUGGGCCCGGUUAGAUUGAAACCCAACCGCCGGAUGGAAUAUGCAAAUGGAAGGGACGAAAGAGGUCUUCGAUUUCGCCCUGGGGAGAGACUCCAAAAUCCGUUCCUAGUCGGCCUUACCGGUGUCCCCCCUUUUUUUUGGAGUUUCUCAAAUUUGUUUGGAGGAACCGAUGGCAAUACCAACACAAAGAUGAAUACUUAAGUUUCUUCAAAGGUGCAGCAUUGUCCUGAUUUUUACAGUAUGAGGAGGAUCUCGUUUGAAGUCAGCAAAGGGCGCGCACCAGUCCUCAAGGUGUCGCUGGGUCACACUCCGGGUCGCGCAGCCCCUCGGAAGGAGGAUGAUAUCAACAAAAUAAUAAAUCUAACAGGCCCUUUUUAUCUUCACCUAGCGCACCAAACAAAAGUCCACCGAAGAACUUGAUUCCUUUCAUUUUUCCGUCCCUCUUCCGACGCUCGUUGCCCUUUGUUAGGAAAAAGUUAGCAAUAAUACAGCACUGAGGGGAAAAAAAAAAAAACAAAUGGAGGAAAAAGAACACAGGAAGUUGAUUCUGCUCGACUGGGACGCUAAGCAGGAGUUCAGGACGAUGAUGAUGAUGAUAACCGUCUCGUGAAGGAAAUUCACACCAUCCCAAGACUGCGGGAACAGUGCAAUAGCUUAACGCGACAUAGGAUGGUGACAAAUGCGCAGGUACGAGUCGUGUAACAUAGUAAGUCAAAUGACUGAUUUUUAUUGUUAUUUCUUUUUUUUUUUUUUUUGCUACCAAAGAGCCGACUAGAAUCCGCGAUAAAACACAACACUACUGAGUCGUCCACACGUAGUAGCGCGUCGCUCGGACUGCCACCGAAUCCUAAUGCUGCUCGAUGGAGAAUCUCUUCUGCCGGUACUGUCACAAUCUUAGCAAUAUACUGUAUACUGUACCCAGCAAAAAUAUGUAGAAGUGAGUGAAUCAAUAUUUAAAAAUGAGAAAGAAAAAAAAAAUAAGCUGUGUAAGAUCCUUUUGUGUCCGUUUCCACUUCCGUGUCGGAAAAAGAAACAUGGCAGUGUUGACGUCGCGGGUUGUUUUGCACUCCCCCCCCCCCCCCCCCCCCCCCGACACGUGUGCCUUUUGAUACGAACAAACGUGCAAUGUUUCGGCUCCUCGGCGACUUUGCCGCGGAAGCAAAAGCGGCGUCGCACAUUAUUUCCUGUUGCCGAAAACGGGCACGAGCGGGAUCUGUUUUGUGCAAAAAAAAAAAAAAAAAAAAACGGCGGUCCCGAGUGACUCAAAACACUAAGAACUCUUGAUCCGACGUGACCAUUAUUAUUUUUUUUUUUUUUUUGGUUUUGAUAACGAUUUUGGAUAUCAAGAAGUAUUUCAUGUUUAUCUUCCUGAUUUGUUACUUGACUUCUACUUGUGUGUGUGUGUUGAAAGAUGUGAGAAUGAAGAAAAAUUAUUUAUGUGGCUAUUUAUUUGAAUAAAGUUCACUUGCAAAAUG